GUUUUAUAGGCGAUAUUUUUAAAGAAAAUAUUACUACUUUUAUUUUACAUGACAUACGAGGCCAUCGAGCAGAUGGCUGAUGGUAAUCAAUCACCGACGCCCAUCCCCAUGGACACCUGCAACACCAGAUUGGUUGUAGGUGUGUUAUUACUAGCCUUCCAGAUGGGAUUACGUUCUUUUCUUGAAAUAUUGAAGUUUGUAUCGGUUCGGAAAUACCACGGGCUACCUACAGUUCAUUUAACAGUUUAUCAACCCAAUCCGAACUUUAAAGUACGUCAAAUAUUAGAUCUAGAUACGAUAUGGCUCGGAUAUGCCAGUAUCAAAAGUCAUGUUUUUCUUUGAAGAAACUUAAUUGAAGAAAGGAGGCGUAGCUGUGUGAGGUGAGAAAUAUCUGGAGAAACGCACAAUUGAGGAUUGAAAACCAUCUAAGUGGUGAAAAUGGAAAUGUCGUAUAGAGCCGUGGCGGCAAGAAGCGGCAGGGAUUUAUCCGAAAUUCCUCGAAAGACUCAACUGUCUUUAGAUUUUUAAAAUCAAUGGAAACAAAUAUAAUAACCGUCUCAUCCACAGAUUAGCGCUCUGCCGAUGUUCCGGGAAGGACUAGUGCGAAUAUCGCACUCCAAUUACUCGGGUGAUUAGCUGUAAUGGGCCGUUUGUCCGCCCGCCGCCGCACGCGCAGCCCUUCCGACGCAGUAUAACUAUAAGUAAAGUAGUAAGUAUCUUAACCAAGGGGUUAGCUAGCUAGAAGCAUUUUCUUUGCUUCAUUUAGUGCUUUUCGGCCUUAACUAUUGCGACUGCGAGGCUCCUAACCGAAAUCUUUGCCUAUAGUUCCUUGUCUUUUGUCCUAAUUGUAAGUAAAAAUCUGCUUGAUUUGUUGGUCAAAGCCCCGGGUGAUUACUCUGCUCGCCUCUUCUCCCCCUGAGGCCGCCACUGAGUCUUACCUACUCCCCCUAAGGCCGCCACUGAGUCUUGCCUACUCCCACUAAGGCCGCCACUGAGUGUUGCCUACUCCCCCAAAGGCCACCACUGGGUCUUGCCUACUCCCCCUAAGGCCGCCACUGAUCUUCCUUUGCUUAACAACGUUGUAUUGUGGAGGCCAUCACGAGGUCUAAGUACCGAAAGUACUGAUCCCAAAUUUCAUCUCAAUCGGUUCAGUGGUUUUUAUUUUUCUUUAUUUAGAAACAAACAGUAUCUUAUAUUGAUAAAUUGUUACAAUAUAGGGUAAUAGACUUAUAGACCUACAGUUUCCUUAAAUAUAGUAUGAAUACCAUAUAACCUAAAUACAUAAUAAUUACUAAACUCAACCUGAAAUUCUAAGUUGCCAAAUCGAAGUUACAAAUAAUGCUCGUACAUCCUAACAAAAAUAAAAACAAAAUUGCAUUGCAAUAACACUAAUAACAAACAAUAAUUGCAAUUAAAUUAAAGUUAACUAUCUAAUUUAAGUCCAUUAAUACAUUUCAAUGUAAGUUGUUUGAAACUACCGAACUUUUCACUGAAAAUAUCUUCUUUUAGCGUGAUGCGGUAACAGACAGCAGACAGAUAGACUUACUUUCGAAUUUAUUAUAAUAAAAGGAAUAUGGAUUUUUCACAUAGUCGCAUUACUGUAGUAGGUAACUAUUAAUGUGCGUAUCCGACGUGUGUGCUGCUAUGUCAUUUUAUCGCAGCCCCGUACCGUUGGGAGCAACAUAGUAGGUAUAACCGUUUUUGUGCACGGUCAACAUGGCCAGACCGGUCGUCUAAAUUUGUUAACAGGUUAGGGAUAUUUUCGAUGUUUUUUUUUUAUGAUACAAGAGGCAAACGAGCAGACAGAUCACCUGAUGGUAAGCGAUUACCGCCGCCCAUGGACACAUGCAACACCAGAGGGGUUGUAAGUGCGUUGCCGGCAUUUAAGAUGGGAGUACGCUCUUUUCUUGAAGGUUUGAAGGUGGUAUCGGUCCAGAAAUACCGCAAGCCACAGUUAAUUCCACAGUUUAGCUGUGCGAGGCAGGAAGUUUCUGGAGAAACGCACAUUUGAAAACUCAUCUAAGUGGUGAGGAUGGAAAUGUUGUCGCGUAGGGCGAUGGCGAAAAGAAGCGGCAGGGAUUAAUCCGAACAAUUCCUCGGAGCACUCCCCGUUAUACAUGUUACAAAAUCCCACAAACAUUCCAGCAAAUGAAUAAGCCCACAAACAUUCCAGCAGUGGUAAUAAUCAAAAGCUUUGUGCUAAGUGGGCUGAGAAAAGAAUUAAAUAAAUCAUCUCGUAGAAAAGCUGUCAAAUAGUGAAUAAAUGUUGGAUACGAGUAAUGCACCGAGAAGAAAAUAUACCAAGAACAUUCCUUGAGAACUUUGCAAUUUUUGAAAAUUCUCUUUGGCGCAUUGCUAAUAAUGCAGCACAGGUAGGCAAAAUAAUAAUAUUCUUUUAUUUAAAAAGCAUUUUGAUCCCAAAAAAUUAGGUUUCGCAUUUAAGUUGUAUGGGAUACGAUUUUUGACUAUUCCAUACAACUUAUUUCAGUGCUCCGGAUUUUUCAUGUUUUUGAUUAUCCUUUUUUAUUACUUUUUGAUAAGUAGGUACAUAACGUAAAUAUUAUUUGAAUUAAAGCAUUAGGUAAGUAGGUACUAAAAUGAAUUAAAUGACCAUUUAACUAAUUAGAACCAAGCAAUGGACAUUUGCUACGCUUUCAUUGACGAAUACCAAGAUGCAUGACGAAGUUAUUCACUUAUUAAAUUAUGAAAUAGCAGCAAAUUGUGGUCAUAAUAUAGUUAAUUUUAUGCACUUUAGUAAUCUAUGUAUAAUUUUUAUCCAAGAAAAACAUAAUAUUGACAUGGAGUAUAUUAUUAUAAUCUAGGGUAUUAUAUUGCUUUCCCUAUUUUAUCACAUCUGCAUAGGAUCUAUUGUCAUUAUUUUGUGGAUACCACGGAUGCGUUCGGAAGCUAAGUGCUUUAACCAAACAUUAGUAUAAGUGUAGCCGGGGCUAAUAUCAUAACUCAAUUUGUACAUUAUUCAACAAAACCGAUCUUUAAUCAAUCCAAUAUGUCCAGCGUCAACCCUAUAAACCGACCAAUCAGCCAAUAAACGCCACAAAUCCGCAACAUUGUAAGCUUCAAAGUUUUCAUGAAAGUUUUGCAGAAGGCGUCAGUAAACGCGCGUGCGCGAGACGCGACGGUCGUGCCGCCAUGCUCCUCGCGAUCAUCGUUUGCGCAGAAUUAUUUCAAGUUUAUGCAGCCAGAUUCAACUAUACCGACCGCAGCAUCCGAGCUAUAGAUCCUCUGGACCCCGGGGGCUGCUACCACGAGGGCCGCUGGCACGCCGCCGGCGCGCCUGUUCGCACGCGCGCUGCGUGCCUCCGCUGCACAUGCGUGCGCGGCGUUCUUGCGUGUGCGCGCAGAGCGUGUGCGCCGCUGCCGGACCCGCCGCCACGGUGCCAUGUGCUGCAUAGGAAGGGGUCUUGCUGUCCUGAAUUGCAUUGUCCUGAUGGGGUGAAGUUGAUGGAGCUUGGUGCAUCAGCGCGGUUCGAAGACGAUGACUUUUCAGAGGCAACUUCCAUUUCGUCUGUCGGACAUGCGUGCGUGGAGGGCGGCUCUGUGUUCGGCGCAGGGUCGGCGCUCGCACCGGGCGUGGCGUGCGAGCAGUGCUUCUGUCUGGGCGGCGCGCGGCGCUGUGUGAGGCCAACGUGUCUACCACCACCUCGAGGAUGUGUCGCUCGGCCUGCCCCAGGAGCUUGCUGCCCGCAGAGAUACUACUGCUCACAUGAACCACCAGCGCACGGAACACACGACUGCAUGGUAGAGGACACGUGGUACAAAGAAGGCGAGCGCAUAUCGACAGCAGAGCGCGCCUGCACCCAGUGCUUCUGCCUGCACGGUGCAGUGCGCUGCCAGCCUCUCUCGUGUGCACCGCCUUUACUGGGCUGCAAGCCGCUCCUCCGGCCUGGCGAGUGCUGCCCUCAUCAGUACCACUGUGAACAUGAUAAAUCUCAUUUAUUACUAUCCAGCAAUUCACUUAUAUCAGUACGGAAUGACGACCGCUCACUUCACACGUCCGAGUCGAACAAAGUUGAAACAUCAACGAAAGCAAUUUCUACUAGUACAUCAACAAAAUCAGUUUCUACCAGUAUUUCAAUUACUAAAGGUACUGAAACUGAUUCUCCCACGACAUUACCUACAGAAAAAGCACCUGUCAGCACGAGCAAAGUAAAAAGAAAAACUGAUGAACUACACACAAACACCACUAAAAACUCAUUCCAAAACGUAACCUCAACAACUGAAUUACCUUCCAUGACCUUGGUCAGUACCACUGAAAAGCUAGUCCGAUCUAAUUUUGAGACGUCAACAAUAGAUUUACCAGAACCAGAAGAUUUGUCUGAGCAUGAAGAUUUACCAGAAACGACAUCAACAGAACAACCCGAAGGCUCCGUCAGGAUUGUUAUUAAUGGAACUAUUAACUGUACAGCAGAGUUAUCUUCAACGUCAUUGCCUUUAAAUUUGACAGUCAAUGACACUGAACGAAUUAAGAUGGAAGCGCAACCUCGAAUACCAAUCCUAACAACAGGGAAUAUAGAGAGCCACACCUUCAACCCUAAUGAUAUUAUAACUGACAGAAGUGUAAAUGGAGAAUUUGAUGACAAUGAAAUGUUUACCAUUAACGUGACCAGUUCUUUGUCUACCAAUUCUUCCCGUGUUACUUUAGAACCGUUAAUUUCAACAAUGUCAAAGGUAGCUGUACCAACUGACCUACCUUCGGUUUCAAAUAUGUCGAAGAAAACGAAUGAAUUUGAUUUUGAUUAUGCUGAGCCUACGUUGCCUCCAUCUCUACCUAAUUUAAAGAUCAUCCCAUUUGUAGCAGCCGACGCCGUUGUCGACGAAGAGUCCCCAAAAGAAGUGCUUACAUAUCCAAUACUCGAGAGAGAGGACAAAUACCCUGUAUAUUAUCCAACUUUAGAAAGCAAAGAUACUCCAUUCGCCACAAGACGAGAAGACAUUUACCAUCCUACGCAGUACCCAGUCUUCACCUCGGAGAAGGUGGACACGUCACAAUACCCCGCUUUAAUUCACGAAGUUGACAUUUCUGGUUCUGACUACCCCACUGCUAAUAAUAACUUGCUGCAUGAACAAGCACUCUCUGCGUCUUUGGGAUCGCACGCAUUGGAUAAUAAAGCUAUUACCAAAAUACCAAGUACAAGCACCACGUUCAAGCUAGAAACACCGUCUAUCAACUUGUUUUCGCCUCCCGUUGAGACUGAAGGUGGAUUUAUACCAAAAGGGCCAGGAAUUAUUGACGAGUACUAUGCAGUAUAUCCAAGCACAUCUUCCGCGCCUUCUGUGCCCCAUCUGACUACUUCAAUGCAAUUAGACACAGGCAAAGAUUGCUUAACGGCUGACGGACACCGCGUCCCCGAGGGCACGUCUAUGGACCUGAUGUGCUCCGUGUGCUCUUGCACCUGGGGGAAGAUCCACUGCAGCCCUCGCGCUUGCCUCGCACCUGACGGCUGCUACUACAACCCUGAACUACGCUCUUCCACGGCAGAUGUCUGCUGCGGUGAACUUGUUUGCAUUGAAGAAAAUGAAACCACAACGACUACAACAUCCACAACAACCACAGAAAAGAAUUUAAUAAAACCCAGUGAAAGUACAAAUCAUAAUUCAAACAAAUCAGGUGACAAAAUUACAACACAAAAUAAGACAGUGAUAGGAGACGAGUUGGCUUCUAAACUGGAAAGCAAAAAUUCUACAAAUGAAGUAGCUACAACAGUUGUUAGUGAAAAAGCUAAUAAUGAUAAACAUAACAUUAGCACCACACCAGUGAUUAUAAACGCACCGACAACAACUGAAGCUAUAUUCACUUCUCCAUCAACUUCGACCGCAGCGCCUGAACGUGAGGUCAAUCAAACACACCUCCCUUCUCAAGAUUACGAAGAGGAAGACGACGAAGGAUUCUCCUUUGGCAGUGUUCUGAAACUUCUACUAAGCGAUAGUUACGAUGCAACUACAGCUGCCCCUCAGAAAAAGAAACCUGUUAUAACAACGACCAAAGCACCGCCCACUAGAACGACCUCUUCUUCUAGAACCUCGACUGAACCUACUAGAACGCAACCAACCAGCUCCAUAGAACCACCCAAGCCGGCCGUAGCUCCAUUCGUCCCUAUGCCUCACCAUUAUCCUUACCCAUACGUGCCUCCGAAGAAGACCUUCCAGCAAAACACUGUCAACAGGAUAGACCAUCUCGUGCUUGGAGAAGCGACUGCCAUCAGAAAACCGACUCCUCGCCCUCUGCCCUUCAAACCGGUAUCCCCAAAACUAACGACGCCGAAACCAAAAAGUACUACAAGAAAAGAGAUUGAAACAUCACCUACGGAACGAGCACCAGCGAAUGUCUUGUCUGGAGUAGGAGGUCUGAAACUGGCUGGAUGUAAUAUCUAUGGGCGUAUGUACCGCGUGGGCAGGAUCAUAGCGGAGUUGUCCACGCCUUGCCAGGAGUGUCGCUGCACGGAGCUCGGUGUGCAGUGCAGACCACUCGCUUGUUGAAAAUCUAGCGAUGUUUUCAACUAAUGUCCCCAACUGAAAAAAAAAUUAAGAAUAUUCGUUCUUGAAAGGCACAAGCAUAGAGAAAUAUAAGCAAAGAAAGAGUGGUAACUCCAUUCAUCAGUUUUCUUCCCAAUACGCGAGUUAUUUCUUAGUCGACAUCUAGGGUCAAGUAGCGGAGAUUUUCAGUACUGCUAACUUGUUCACAAUAGAUGCCGUGACAAACAAAAACUCUAAUGCUCAACAAUUUUCAGCUAAUAUUAUAACCGGAUUAACCGGAACUCUAUUUUCAACUCCUGCUUGUAAUAUUAGUUGUAAAUGGUUUUGGUAAUACAUUUUUCGUCAGUUGCGACACUCGUGACAUCUGUUGUCAAGUAGCGGUACUGAUAAGUCCACUACUACUCUUUCUUUACUUAUAGUUCUCUAUGGGCACAAGUAAGUCGAUUUUUUUAUUAAUAUUUUUUGGUGUUUAGCUUAAUGCCUUUCAAGUACGGAUAUAUGGGAAGAAAUAUUCAAUCUUGGCUCUUAUAUCUAGGCAAUAAGAAUAAGAUGUAUGUCAGAUUCUAUGUUGAAAAAUAGAUGUAUCAAUAUCUGCAUUGAA